GAUGUAUCGACUGAGCGCUCUAUGCCACGACUUACCGACGAAGAAGAGGACCUGAUGCUACGUGUUCCUCCACUCCGUAUUCCGAAGACCAUAUUCUGGAUGCUGGCCAUGGUACUCAAAAGGGCGUCAUGGUUUCACGACUUUCUCUCAGGCAAAAGAAAGCACGGGACGACAUUCACGCUGGCGUUGGUGUUCUUCGUGGGAGAAAUCAAGGCUCAUGGCUACGGGGCGCCACCUAAUGCUUGCGAGAAAAUGACGCCACACCAUCUUGAAAAUCAAAGCUACAACGCUACGACGCCCGGUGUCACGUUCUAUAAACCCACCCCGUCUAUAAACAACUUGUACAAGCUCGAGGCAUCAUACAGUGCGGAUACCAAACAAGUCGCAGUUUCAUUGACGGCGGUGCCUGGUAACAAGUUCCGGGGAUUCUUCAUACGUAGCGUAAACGCAAAGAAGAUGGAUCAAUUCGUGAAUGGUGUCUUCUCUGCAUUCAACCAGACUGUUGCCCAAACGGUAGACUGCGAUAAAUCCCAGGGGAGCGGAAUAACACACAGAAGCAAAGAGGAGAAGGAAAAGUUCACGGCAGCGUGGAAGACAACGACAGCUCCGUGCGCUGCACCUCUCGCUCUUCUCUUUCGAGCCACAGUGGCAAGGGACAGACCUGAGUUCACUACAGAGAUAAAAUCACCUCAGUUAGACAUUGAUUGUCCGCCAGGGAGUUCAACGGAGAGUUCAACGACGACAACGAAGCCGGCGUCAGAAAAAAAAAGUGCAGCUCUGCGCCUCCGUCUCCCUUCGUUCGAGUUCGUGCUGUGUUUCCUAUGGAUCAAUAGCGUUUAAGCUUCGAACUUGACCUCAACAGGAGAUUGCAAAGCAGGGAGUAUGAUUGACCAGCCCUAUUUCCUCAUCAUGGCGGACUACCAAUCUAUAUUGUGCACAUGACCUACAAUACUGCGUUUAUUAUACUUCAGUACAAUGUAAACAGAAAAUAUUGAUUAUUCGAAACACGCAUAUUUUAAACACCCCUAUUUUCUGCUUCAUUGACCAAAAUGUGUGAGAUAUGAAAACUCAGGCUAUAUUUGUAUUAGUGUGAUUUUGGAAUUGGAAGCGAGAAUAGGUGGUGUGCAUUCAGCGACCGUGGAAGCGCAAAGUGGAUGCAAGAAUUACAAAACCUGGUGACAACAGCGUGGGCUGCUGGGGGCGUGCCAAACCGUUUCGUACAGUCCCACGCGUGGAAGGUUCUCGUGUUGAGAUUCUAUCGCUCUUCUGUGAUCCCGCGUUCUGCCAGUUUCGCUGUCAGUCUGUUGUUUCUGCAAAGCGUUCAUGGUACAAUGUUGGGAUUUGUGGUGAUUAGAGACGUUGCUUACUUCGCUGAAACCAACAAACGGAAAGGAAAUCGGCUUGUGAAGCACGUUUUUAGCGUUGACGAAUUUGUCUGCGGUGACGAUGUCACAACCCACGCAAAGUGUGUUUCAUAAGUGAAAGAGGCCUUGGUCUACAGCAUCACCAUACAGGCAUUUGAUCGCUUUAUUCGUUUAUACGGUUUGCGUAGGUUGAUUUGACACCUAUUGAAAGCUGGGCUAACAUUGCUGUUGAUGCUAAACCAGUAGAGCAAACGUUUUGAUUGCUGUGCGUCAGGAGUUCCUGAUAGAUGAGCAUUCGAAACGUAUAUAUAAGCACGAUUUUUUGUUGUUCCUCACAGGCGCCACAUAUGUGUUAUGCGAAUAUAACUAUUUCAUCUUUUUGCAUGCACAAGUUCUACAUUUCUGUCGAAUGUAGUUCUAUCUUAAGAUUUGUCCUCGAUUGAUUUUCGCUGUGGUGCUUUUUUCUUAGGUCAUGACACCUGGGUCUCUUCCCAAGCUUAACAGUCUCACUCUGUCCGAGGUGUGAGAGAGUGAGACAAACUGAUGGCGCCGCGCCGCGGCCUCCGAAGAAAAUAUCUUGCAUGACAGCCGUCGGACAGCUAACUUUGUUUACAUGUGAAGUGCAAGCAUUUUUUUUUUUGCCACACUGCAACUGUUGCACCGCUAACUCUGCAAGCAUCUAAAAGAACUCAUGAUUAGGGACGAGAUGUUUCGUUCCUCGUGAUUUCCAUGCUUCGAAUACCACUGAGGGCACUAGACACGCAGUGAAUAGCGUUUGUGACGCGCGUUCGGCCAUUGUGUGCACAACAUAAAUAAUAAUAUAAAACAUAAUAUUCUAU